CCCCAACAGACGCGCCCGCACCACAACCUCCUCUGCCUACGCCCCCGUCUGCCUCGCAACCCUUCGCCGUGUCCCUCCUCCUCUCAUUCUCUUGCCCCGCUUCCCCUCUCCCUGUCGCCCACUUCCCCUCCUCUCCCUCGGCCUCCCCUCUCCCUCUCUCCCUCGGUCUCCCCUCUCCCUCUCUCCCUUCGCCUCAUCAGAACCGCAAAGAUCAAGAACCACCAGUCCCUCGGCCAGGAGUCUCGCGGCCUCACACCCUCGCCAACCUUCCCCGAGGCGGACAGCCAACCGAGACUCGUGUUUCCUCGAAGUCCUCGGCGCGUCCUUCGCCCGCGUGCUCGUCCCUACGACAGGAUGAUACCUUCGCUCCUUAUAAGGAUCGCACGUGAAGAGGAGCGUGGCCAGGGAGGAGGCGGAAGGCGGAGGGAGCAAACACGUGCAGUAGUCUGCUGAAAAAGAGAAGCACGUGACAGUGUGGCGUCCUCCAGUGUGGUGUGUCGUGGUGUAUCAGUGCAGUGAGGAAAACUACAUAGUAAAAAAAAAAAGAACGUCGAGGGACAUAGGAAGACAUUUGAUACGUGAUUCAAGCAAUUAAUGAACAAGUAAAUGGAUUAACAAAGGAAUAACAGGGUGAAAAAAAAAAGAGAAUGAGAGUUUGUGAAAAUUCCCAGUACAUGAUGUUGACUGAAUUCCUCCUUCGAUAACACAGAACCUCUACUCUGUACGUUCUUGCUAUCCUUCCUUCUCCCUUGCUCCCUCGCACACUCUCCUUCUGCAGUCACCUUAUAGUCACCUUCUAUCCUCCAUCCAGUCAACUUCCACCUUCCGUCCCCUUCUUAUUCACCUUUCUCCUCGGCUCCUCGACUCUCCAAUCGCUCUUCACCAUCCAGCCUCACUCCACAGCCUUCCUUACCGCCUCCAAUCGGUCCCCAAUCCUCCAUCACCCUUCCAUCCCCCUUCCAAUCACCCCCCACCACCUCCCUCCUCCAUCACCCCUCCACAGCGCCCCACUAAGCAACACCCCCUCCUCCCCUUCCGCCUCCACACGAACUCCCCCCAAAACGCCACAAUCGACUCACCGCUCGUUGUGCAACAAACAGUGAAUCAGUGAAUCAUUGCCAGUGAAUCGGUGAAUCCUUACCUGAGAAUCGGUGAAUCCUUACCUGUGAAUCGGUGAAUCGGCGAGUCAGUGAAUCAGUGAGUAAGCGACUCCCCCCCCCCCCAACCUCCUCAAGAUGGACCGACGACGCUCCUUGUGGGACACCCUCGCCUCGGACGUGCAGGCCCUGUCGUCCUUGAGCGGCGAGGACCGACUCAGCGAGAGGAAAUCACUCACGACCAUCGACAAACUCCCUGACAAAGUGCUGCUGAACAUCUUUUCGUAUCUGCCCCACCGGGAGAUCAUCUCUAACGCCCGCGUCUGCAAGAAAUGGCGGCAGAUCGCUUACGACACCAGACUGUGGAGUUGCGUGUCGCUGCGGCCGGAGUGGCAGGGCCUCCACGUCAACAACAUCGAGGCUUUGAUGUUCCUGAUCAGCAACCGCUUCGGGGCGUCGCUGAGGUACCUGGAGGUGCCGAUGGACCUCAUCACACACGUCGUCCUCCAUGAGCUCACCGCCAAGUGCCCCAACCUCACCAACCUCCUCCUCGACUUCUCCACCGCCAUGCAGCUCCAUGACUUCAAUGACAUGCAAGCAUUCCCGACCAAACUGAGGACGAUGUGCAUCUGCCUGUCAGAAGUCAUCUUCAUGGAAGGCUUCAUGAGGAAAAUUUACAACUUCAUCAACGGUCUGGAAGUCUUGCAUCUUGUAGGAACCUACGAGAAGGCGGACGAGGAGGAGGAGGAGAUCUACGAGGUCAUCAACAUCCCGAAGCUGAAGUCGGCGACGCCCAACCUGAAGGUGGUCAACCUCUACGGGAUCAACUUCGUCGACGACUCCCACAUCGAGGCGUUCAGCUCCAACUGCAUCCAGCUGGAGUGCCUCGCCGUCAACUUCUGCGCCAAAGUGUCUGGCACUUCCUUGAAGAUUCUCCUCAGCAGGUGCAAGAAGCUCAAGUGCCUCCUCAUGCAGCAGUGCAGUCUGCAGAACGAGAACGUGAUGGCUGCCGAGUGGGAGAAAUCAGCAGUGUCAGAACUCGACGUGACAGCCACGGACCUCUCGGCUGAGUGCCUCAUCGACCUGCUGACGCGCAUCCCAGCCCUCAGGUGGCUCAGUGCCGGUCAGCUCGAUGGCUUCACUGAUGCGGUCCUGAAGGCGUGGACGGAGCGGGGCAACCUGAAGGCCCUGAUCGGCUUGGACCUGGAGCUGUGCGACAACCUGACGGAGGAAGGACUCUACAAGUUCCUGGCGAGGUACGGCCAGGGGCUCCGCGGCCUCGUCCUCUCCGGCAUCCCGCAGUGCACGGACUCCCUCUGCUCCAACGUGAUGCCGGCGCUCAAGAACAUCAGAAUCCUGAAGCUGGGUCUGGCGGAGAACUUGGCGUACCGCAUGGCUGGCAAGAUCCACGUCGACGGCCUGCUGGAGAACCUGUCUCGCUACGGCGCCAAGAUCGAGCGUCUGGAACUCAGCUGGGACCCGGAGACGCUGCGCUAUUCGGACAAGAGCCAGAAGUGCAUUGACACCCUGAGAGUGCGCUGUCUGAACCUCAAGUGUUUGGUGUUGUGCGACGGCAAGUACUACGAGAUCGUCAAGGCCAACUUCGAGCGCGCCGACCGCACCACCGUCGUCCGAACGUCCACGAACUGCUGCGUGUCCAUCGUCUAUCUCCUCACGCACUACAAGGACCUCGUCUUCAACUAAAAGGGCAGGGCAAGGGGGGAGGGGGGAGGGAGAGAAGAAGUCCGAUGGGAUGAUGAUGAAGAAAAGAAGAGAUGGUCUUGAUUUAUUGAUUUUUUUUUUUUUUUUUUAUGGUAGGGGUGGGGUAGGGGGUGUUAAUUUGGGGGAAAAAGAGGGUUUUGAUUAGGAAAGUUUUCUUUUUGAUAGGCGUGGGGGGCAGGUGAUUGAAUGGUUUUGAUUAAUUAAAGUUCUUUUUGUUUAUUAAGAGAAAGGAUAUACGGUAUACAGGGUUUAAAUCGGAGAAAUAGAUACGAUAGAUUAUAUCUGAAACAAGCUGAAAAAUAAAAUGGUAAAAUUCAAAUGAUGAAAAUGAUGAACACCAGAAAAUGUAAUGAAACUGGGUAGGAAGGGAAAGGACACACUAGAUUAGAAAAAAAAAUAGAAUAAGUGGGUUCGUCUGAGAAGGCUGAGACAAGAGGAAGAAAACAAUAAUAAACAAAUGGAAAAGAAGACAGGGAGAUAGCGUAAUAAAAGCAAUAAAAAGUAAUUAAGCAUGAGAAGAUUCAUCUAAAUGUGAAUCCAUCUCGAGUAAGCAAUAUCGAGAGAAAAUAAAAGAGCAUAUCUAUGAAAGGAUUUUUUUUUUAAUCAAAAACUGUCAGAAAAGGAUGCAAAUAAAAAACAAAAUCACUUUAUAUUUCUUUGGGUCAUCUUUUUGGCCUAAGAGCGCAAUUCUAACCUCCAAGCUGUAAACAGAAGGGAGUUAGAAUCACGGCAAAGAAGGUUAAAGCCACGCAGAGCGAUUAGCUUUUGUUUAACCGAUGAGUAUAUUUUCAUAAACGUGUAGCAGUGCCUUAUUCAUGCUUUAUCAUCACGUGAUAUGCGGUUGCCUUCUUGCACCGUCCAGAUUUGCAAUAGUUGCAAUACCUUAGUCCCGUUGUGGGUAUGGGGAAUAUUGGAAAUUAUUGCCAAGUUUCCAGUGGGCGAAAUUUUUUUCACAAUCCUAUUAUUUUAACCGUGAAUAAUGAAUGAUCCUCCACUUCCCGCAAAAUCAUCAUUCAUUAUACACUGUCUAGUCAAUUGCAGUUGUUAUCUUAUUUGUAAAUUGUUUGUUCCUAUCUUAUUAAAUGUUAUAUCUGAA